GGGAGCGUCCGUACCAAAUAUCACAACACGGUGACAGCUCACGGGCAUACGCUGGACAUUACCGGCCUGUUUCGGAGCUCUGCGACUGGGCGCGCGGUGUGUCAUGUCCCGGGGCAGCUUCGCCUUCACCCCCACGGCCCUGCGCUCUCUGGCCGUGGACGCAGAGAUGCUGGAGAGGCAGAGGCACAGCAGGCAGACCGCGGCGUCCUACCGGGGCUACAUGCUGAAGAAGGAGGCGCGGGAACGGGCGGCUCGGAGGCCCAGCGCGCCCUCCGCCGCCGCCCCGGUCCCGCCCGCAGUGUGCCAAGACCCGGUUGUCCAGAACGCGCUCUACACCGGGGACAUGGAGGUGUUGCAGCAGCUGUUCCCCAAAGGAGUCCGGGUCAACAUGGUGAUUGAGCCCCAGGGAGGAGACAUGCGCUGGAUGGCGGAGGGAGACGGACUGUGGUCACUGACGUACGAGCAGGAGCUGACCACUCCUCUCCACAUCACUGCGUCUCGGGGCUUCUCUGAGUGUCUGGGUCUGCUGCUCCAGAGGGGAGCCGAUGUGGAGCUGGCCCCCGGGGGCAAUACGGCCCUGCACGAGGCCUGUGAGGACUGUCAGCCUGAGUGCGCCAAGCUACUGCUGCUACACGGAGCUAAUGCUAACGCCGUGUCCGAGGAAGGGCUCAUGCCUCUGCACCUCUGCACCCAGCCACAGUCCCUGGAAUGUAGCAAGUACCUCCUCCAGUACGGCGCCGCAAUCAAUGGGCGCACAGUAGAUGAGGACGACACGCCCCUGCACACGGCCGCCAGGAGCGGCCUCCCCGAGCAUGCCGAGCUGUACCUGCGCUACGGCGCUCAGGUGGACCGGCCCAACGACGAGGGGCUGACACCACUCAAUGCGGCCUGCGCCCAGCCUCAGGACGCCACGCAGCUGGAGCGAUAUUUUCGUGUGUGUCAGAUCCUGAUUGGAGCAGGGGCUAACGUGCACACCAUGGACCAGGACCGGCGCACGCCCCUGCACAUGGCCUGUAAGAACGCUAACCCAGAUAUAGUGGAGCUGUUGCUAGCUAACGGCGCCUGUGUUAACGACAUGGACUAUGGCGGUGAGGCUCCCAUGCACAACAUCCUCAAAGCCGUCUGCUACAAGAUUUCCCAUCAGCCCGAGCGGGUGGUCCGAGCGCUGCUCAACCACGGCUCCAUCAGGGUCUGGCCUGGAGCGCUGCCAAUGGUCAUGAAACACUGCUCAGAGUCUCCACUCACGAUCGAGGUUCUCCUGAACGCCUACAGUCGCCUCAAAGUCACUGACAGUUGGGUGGAGGCUGUACCCCCAGAAAGUUACCAGGCGCACAAAGAUUUCUACGACUCCGUUUUCGCGCUGGCCCAAACCAGCCGCUCCCUGCAGCACCUGUGUAGGUGUAAGAUCAGGACGUUUCUGGAGGGUCGUGUGCACAGCGUCGUCCCAAAACUCAACCUGCCCACGUUCCUCAAGAACUACCUGCUGCUGGACUACAGAGGCUACGUCCACUGACUCUGUGGCUCCACCGGGUCAUCCUUUAUAUGCUGCUAAAACAUGGAUUUAAAGGCACAUUGUGGAACUUUUGUUGUUCCACAGGAUAGCUUUUCUUGGGUUUGUUUGACACGUUCCACAGUGUAGCUUUCCUUGGGUUUGUUUGGAACGUUCCUCAGUGUCGCUUUCCUUGGGUUUGUUUGGAAUGUUCCACACUAUAGCUUUAAACGUUCUAAUCUUGCGUUUUAGUGCUAGUAGUUACAGGUGUUUUUAUUGCUCAAAAUGCCUUGAAAAAACAUGCUUUCUUGACCACUGUUAACACGGCCUCCUGUUACUUGCUUGUUUCCAUGGAGAUGCUUUAAUGCCAUGCCGUGGAAAUCCUUGGAGACACCAGAAAAGUUCCACAGUACAGCUUUAAGAGAGAAAAUAUUGUUUGAUAAUAUUGAUUUGAGUUUAUUGGCCGAUGUGGGAUGUGAAUUUGAGAGAUUUGGAUGUAAACUACUGAAAGGUUUUGUUUCCUUUUGGCACAGUUUGUUUUCUCGCCACUAGAGGGCGCUGCAGACCAGAGCAGCUCAGGCAGACGCUGCACAAACACUUUCACUUUUAUUAUCGGGUUAUUUCUGCACUUUAAUUGUGAACUGUUACAUCGCUUCUGUUUUUGUACAAAUGUGUAAAUGUUACGUUUGAUUUCAAAACACACUUUAUGUUGUGUGCGUCAUUUGGUCACGUGCUCCAUUUUGUCAGGUGGCACAGAAAAGAAUAAAAUCAUAUUAAAUC